CGCCGCACGCGCAGCGACGCGCCACUGACCGCUCCCGGCGAGGACCGCUGGCGGGACGGCCGCUGACCGCUGGAGCUGGCGCUGAGCUGGUGCUGUGCGGACACGCUGCUGAGCCGGACACCGACAACGGCUGAACGACAGAGAUGCCCGGCCUGGUGCAGAGCGAGCUGGCGCCGGCAGCGGCUGACCCCGAGGUCACCGACCCCAGCCGGCGACCCAGGCCGGCGGCCGAGGAGGACGCGCUCAUGGCCGGCUACCAGGACUGCGUGGCCGAAGCGGUACGCUACCUGGUGGAGGAGGAGGGCCGCGCACCGGACGAUCCGACCGUGGUCGGUCUCACGGAGCACCUGCAGGCCAGGUCAGCCUACCUGGAGUACCUGAGCUUGCUGUGCCAGCUGGACACGGACAUGGAGGACCAGUUGAGCACGCUGCUGCGUUCGGGGCGGGAGGAGCGUCAGCAGGAGCUUCUCUCCGCCGAGCACCGUUGUCUGGUAGAGACGGUCUUCCGCGGCUGCGAUCUGGUGCUGCAGCGAGACUCGCCCUCACCGUCGCCGAGCCCACCGCCGCCGGCCGCCGACGACCGGCGGCUGAAUUUUCCCAACAACGCCUACCUGGAUCAGGUGCUGUCCUGGGCGUUCACCACGGAGGCCAUCCCGUGACGACUGGCGGGCUAGGUGGACUCUUAUUUCGCUGUCGCGCUUCUGCCAGAACCGUGUGUGCGCGGCGUCCUCUCACGCUGCUGUCGCGAGCCCGGCGAAAGGCCCGCCUGUUGACGCUGCCGGCAUAUUUCUCAACGGCGGGAGCCGCCAGCUGCGAGAGGCCCGGUUCAGAGCAGCUGACUGUCGGAUGAACUCCUGCGGCGGUCGAAUCGGUGUGAUGUCUGUGUGCGUUUUCCUAGUAAGUUAGCCAGCUAGUGGCGCAUUAACGCGUACAAAGGCUACAUUUCUAUAGCAGCUAGUAACCAAAGUCGCUUGUGGCCCGCCCGUGAUCGGCAUUACGAUGUAAGCCAUCGACGCAGCGGCGCCGAUCGCAAGGAGCAUUAUGAAGACUGAGUCUUUGCUGAAGCCCCCCAAUGGUCCCCGUACUGAGUCAUAGUUGGUAGCAUUACAAGUGGGGAAUAGAAGCUUGUAUAAUUCAUUUUUAGCGUGCGUUGGCUUGUUUCUUUUGUACAUAUUGUCAUGUUCAGUUCCUUAUGCGUCUGUCGUGUCUACUCACAUGCCCGUAUAUUCUGAUAUCCGACAAGUCGUUGAGACUCCCCAUUCUAGUCAAAUGCAAAUGGUUGGUACAUGAACUGUUCUCGGUACUCACGCCAUGCAAUACAGCAGCAUAACGCGA